AUGCUGGGAAUUUUUUUGCCACAAAGUGACAGCAUUUGGCUUGCUAUAAAAUGGCUGCCGAUGCUGUUAGUGGGGGAGAGGAGGGGAAGAGUUGUCAGUAGUUUUUGUAAACACGUGCGGAAAAUGCCUAAUGUGAAGACAAAAGCAGAUAAAUCCCUCGGGAAAGCGCUGAUUAACGACAGGUUUAAGCGGAGAGGCAAGAAGAAAACCGUGGAUAAUGGAUCUAUGUUGCACACGACGGAAGUCCAGGAUGGCUACGAUUGGGGGCGCCUAAACCUGCAGUCCGUGACCGAGGAGUCCUCAUUCCAGGAUUUCUUGCGCACGGCGGAGUUGGCUGGGAAGGAGUUCCAGGCGGAGAAGCUCAACAUUGCAUAUGUGGCUGUGAAGAGUGACUUUGGGGUGCUGAGCGAUGCUGAACGUGUGGAAAUGCAGAAGAAACACAAGGACAAGAAGAGCCUCCUUACGAUUCCCAGACGCCCGAAGUGGACGAUGGAGACAACGCCAGAAGAGCUGAGACAGAUGGAGAAUGAGAGUUUCCUCAAUUGGAGACGCUCCUUGGCCUUGCUUCAAGAGAAUGACGAUAUCCAAAUGACUCCGUAUGAAAAGAACCUGGCCUUCUGGCGACAACUGUGGCGAGUUAUCGAGAGGAGUGACGUAAUCGUGCAAAUUGUGGAUGCGCGGAAUCCUCUGCUGUUCAGGAACGAGGAUCUCGAGAAGUAUGUGAAAGAAAUUGGAGAAGAGAAGGAAAACAUGAUCUUGAUCAACAAGUCGGACUUUCUCACGGAUGAGCAGCGCAAGAAAUGGGCUGAAUUCUUCGACCAACACAAGAUCAGAGUUGUGUUUUUCUCUGCACUGCGAGCCAAGGAAGCCCAGGAGCAAUUGGAAGCUGUUGAAGAGGAGGAUGAAGAGGACAAUCCUGACAUUCCGGCAGCAAAAGUUCUCCUGAAGAAGAUCGACAAAGUUGAGGAGAAGAUGUCGGAGCUGGAGAAAGAUCUGUCUGACAUGAUGAAGCCCAAGGAGGAUAAAACUGAUGAUGAUUCGUGGGAGAGGAACAAUUCAGACGUUCUCUCACCAGAGGAUUUGAUUGCCUUGUUCCAGAGAGUGCACACACAUCCCAAGAAGUUCACUGAAGGCAUCACGACAAUAGGAUUAGUGGGUUAUCCAAACGUGGGCAAGAGCAGCACGAUCAACGCUCUCCUGACGGAGAAAAAAGUCUCAGUGUCAGCGACACCGGGAAAGACAAAGCACUUCCAGACACUUUUCCUGCAAAAUGAUCUGAUGCUCUGUGAUUGUCCGGGACUUGUAAUGCCCAGCUUUGUGCUCACGAAGGCUGAGAUGAUUCUGAAUGGAAUUCUGCCCAUUGAUCAGAUGAGAGAUCACGUCUCUCCAAUAAACCAACUCUGUCGGUACAUCCCGAGGCACGUUCUGGAGGACAAGUAUGGAAUUAUGAUCCCGAAACCCACAGGAAUGGAUGAUCCCGACAGACCUCCACACUCCGAAGAGCUGCUGCUGGCAUAUGGAUACAAUCGUGGCUUCAUGACGGCCAAUGGGCAACCGGAUCAGUCCAAGGGAGCUCGCUAUAUCCUGAAAGAUUUUGUCAACGGGAGACUGCUGUACGCCUAUGCACCUCCAGAUCUCGUUCAGGAGGAGUUCCACGUGUUUCCGGAGCGCCAACGCGCCGUGAGGACUCAUAUUCCUCCGCAGGAGAAACGCGCCAUUCGACUUCCCGAGGCUGCAAUGAGUGAGGAGGAAUUCAAUGCGAUCUACUUUAGCAAUAUCCCAGGCGAGGCCUCUUCGAAAGGACGCAAAACCAUGCCUCACGUGCGUCCGCUAAGCGCCUCUAGUUCCACGCAGAGUCUGGACAGUGUCCAUAUCGCUGGGAAGUCGUGGAAGGGUGGAAAGAAGGAGAAAAAGGUGAAGCUCAGGAAGCAGUUCGCCCACUUAGAUCAACACUAACGGGAUUAGCGGGAAAUACAGUUAUUGUAAUAUAAUUUAAUAUCAUAAUGUUUAUCUAUGAUUUUCGUGAAAAUAAAAUAUACAUAGGCGA